GUCGCUCCGGGUUCCUCCGUCACUCCUCGCCUACCUCUGAGUCGCCCUGACCGGCUUGCCUGCUGAGAGUCCCCCCCCCCCCCCCUUCAACCUUUAUCGGAGGACUUCCUUCACUUCGAACGCAAGAGACGGAGGGCUUCGUUUUAAGCCUUUUUUUUGUUGUCGUUUUGUUUUUUUUUUUAAUCCCGAAAAAAGUUGACAUGGCCCACCCGCCGCGGGCCUCCGGUCGGCGUUGGGUUUAACGGAACCGUGCCGUCAUGCCCCUCCUGGCCCGGCUGUUGUGCGUGUGCAUGUGCGCCGAAGCCGCGACCGCCACCGCACUCGCGGACGAGCGGAGCCGACGGUGGCGCUCGUUCGACGCGGAGACAACGCCGACAGCGUCGCGGGACGUCCUCCGCCCGGAGACGGAGAGGGAGUCCAAAGCCGGCGCCGCCGCGGCGCUUCCGCCGAGCCCGGCCGCGCGUUCCGUGGGCGGCCAGCCGGCGCUUCGCGCUCAUGGCGAGCGCGACCCGGCGCCGAGGACGAGGCGAAGCGGCGGCGGCGUACUCGGCGGGCGCUUCCAGCCGUCCUCGCCGUCGCUCCUGGCGCAGGAGCAAGACGAGCCCGAGCCGCCUUCGAGCUCCAACGCCAGCGACUACGACGACUACGCGGCGACCGACGCGCCGCCGCCGCCACCGCCGCCGUCGGACCGCGGCCCCCCUCGCAGCCGAGCGAAGCGGCUUCGCAACCCCUUCUACCCGCUGGGCGCCGGCGCGUGCGGCGCCUACGCGUUGCUGGCGGCCGCCUUGGCGGUGCUGUGCGCGGGCGUGCUGGGCAACGUGUCGCUGAUGUGCAUGGUGUGCCACAACUACUACAUGAGGAGCAUCUCGCACUCGCUGCUGGCCAACAUGGCGCUGUGGGACUUCUCGGUGCUUUUCCUGUGCCUGCCGCUGGUGCUCUUCCACGCCCUCACCGACGACUGGCUGCUGGGGGAAGCGGCCUGCAUGCUCGUCCCCUACCUGGAGGUGGCUUCCCUCGGCGUGACAACAUUCACCCUGUGCGCCCUGUGCAUCGACCGCUACCGCGCCGCCGCCAACGUGCGCUCGUACUACGAAAUGACGGACAACUGGGCGUCCACCGCCGCCAAGCUGGCGGUCAUCUGGGCGGGGGCCCUGCUGCUGGCCCUUCCCGAGCUUCUCAUCCGCCAGCUGGUGACGGAGGAGGGCGACGCCCCCGGGGGAGAGCCCGGCCCGGCGCUCCAGCGCUGCGUGGCGCGCGUGUCCACCCGCCUGCCGGACACGCUCUACGUGCUGGGCCUGACCUACGGCGCCGCCCGCCUGUGGUGGUUCUUCGGCUGCUACUUCUGCCUUCCCACGCUCUUCACCAUCUUCUGCUCGCUGGCCACCGCCCGCAAGAUCCGCGGCGGGCAGCGGGCGGCGGGGGCGGGGGCGGUGGCGCCCUCCCGCGGCACUCAAAAGCAGAUGCGCCUGGAGAGCCAGAUGAACUGCGCGGUGGUGGCGCUCGCCGUCCUCUACGGCUUCUGCCUCAUCCCCGAGAACGUCUGCAACGUGGUGGUGGCCUACAUGGUGGCGGGCGUGCCCCCCCGCACCCUGGACGUCCUGCAGCUGCUGAGCCAGCUGCUCCUCUUCUGCAAGGCGGCCGCCGCCCCCGUGCUGGUCCUGUGCCUGUGCCAGCCUUUCCGCCGAGCCUUCCUGGACUGCUGCUGCUGUUGCUGCCGGGAGUGCGGCGGUCCGAGCGACGGGGCCCCCCCCGCCGCCGCCGACGAGCUGGAGCUCGCGCGCCGUGACGCCGCCGACGGGGACGCGUCCGCCGCCUACGCCGCCGUGGCGACGCGUUGCUGAGAUCAAAGACCCCGCCGGGUGGUGUCGGUCCAUACGGUUUUUGGUUUCUGUAACCGGAGCGAGUUGGCUGACCGCGCGGUCGUCUCGGGCAGAUGUCGCCGCGAGUAAUGUGUAAAGGUGGGGGGGGGGGGUCGUCUUCUUCCACAGUCGCCGCCAGACUCGGUGGUCACCCGUCAAAGGCACCGCUAGUUCCCACCGGUUGCACCAGUUGCAGUGGUCACUGGUCGCGGCUAGCUAGCUAGCUAGCUCAUCCGCGGAGAUGCUAGCUCGUCAUCUCCGCAGAUGAAAGCGGUCAGGCCGGCUUAUUUUCUGUUCCACGGGCGCCUUUGCUGCUGUCGGUCACGAUUAUCGUUUCGUGUGUCAUGUGGAACACGUUUUUAGACACGUUGACUCAUUCAGUAGCAGCCAAAUCUAGACCAAGUCUGAAAAGACGGUUAUAAACGUCUUUGGGAGUGAAUGAGUUAGGAAUCAUUAAAAAAA